GAUAGAUAGAGAGAGGGAGAGUAAAGGGGAAGGAAGAGAAAGUUGCGAGUGUGUGUGUGCAGUCAUGGACCUGCGCUCGGAGCUGCUCAAGUCCAUCUGGUUCGCUUUCACGGCGCUGGACGUAGAGAAGAGCGGCAAAGUGUCCAAGUCCCAGUUGAAGGUUCUGUCUCAUAACCUGUGUACGGUGCUGUGUAUCCCUCACGACCCGGCCGCUCUGGAGGAGCAUUUCCGUGAUGAUGAUGAUGGACCGGUCUCUAGUCAGGGCUACAUGCCGUACCUUAACAAAUACAUACUCGAUAAGGUGGAGGAGGGCAAGUUUGUGAAGGAGAACGUGGACGAGCUUUGCUGGACUCUCACUGCCAAGAAGAACUACAGGCCGAAGGGGGACAGCAUCCUGCCUCAGAAAGACGCCUUCCGGCUCUGGUGUCUCUUCAUCUUCCUCUCGGAGGACAAAUAUCCGCUGGUGAUGAUCCCUGAUGAGGUGGAGUACCUGCUGAAGAAGCUAUGCAUGGCCAUGAGUGUGGAGCUGAACUGUGUGGAGCUGGAGGACUUUAUUUCCCAGGAUUCCAUUCAGCAGAACGGUUUCAGUGUGUGGGCGUUCCUGGAGAUGAUGAACACUGGGAAGCUGACCAGAGGACUUACCAAGGAAAUAGUCAGCAUGGCCAUCGAGGAAGUGUAUCGAGAGAUAGUGGGGGAUGUGCUGAAGGAGGGCUACCUAUGGAAGAAAGGUCAGUUGAGGAGGAACUGGACGGAGCGCUGGUUCACCCUCAAGCCGAACUCUCUGGACUACUACGUCAGUGAAGACCGCAAAGAGCGCAAGGGCAGCAUCACACUGGACACCAACUGCUGCGUAGAGGUUCUACCAGACAGAGAUGGGAAGAGGUGUAUGUUCUGCCUGAAGACGAUCUCCAAGACGUUCGAGCUCAGCGCCUCAGACACCAAACAGCGUCAGGAGUGGACGACAGCGAUCCAGACGGCGAUCCGGCUACACGCGGAGGGGAAGUGCUCCCUGCAUAAGGAGCUGAAGUUGAAGCGGCGGGAGCAGCGUGAACGCAGGGAGAGGAGGCGGGAGGAGAAGGAGCAGGAGCUGCAGCACCUCCACCUGCUGCAGGAGGAACGCGAGCGCAAGAACGCUGAGCUGGAGCUGCUGAAGGAGGCGCAGAGGCAGGCGCAACUACUGCUAGAACAAGAGGAACAGCGGAGACGCGAACAGCACGAACAGCUCCAGCAAGCACUGGAGCUCCAGCUGAGAGAGGCGCAGGAGGCACGUGUGUUUAUGCAGGCUGAGAUGGCUCUGAAGGAGGAGGAGGCCGAGCGUCAGAGGAGGCGAAUCCGAGAGCUGGAGGAGAUGCAGCAGAGGUUAGAGGAGGCGCUGAGGCAGGAGAUCAAAGCGAGACAGGACGAGGAGCAGCACCGGUACAAACAAGCCAGGUUGCUGGAGGAGGAGGAGGAGAAGAUGAAGUCCCUGAUGUGUCUGCAGGAGGAGCAGGAGGAGUUCAUUCAGAGGGAGCAGAAGGAGAAAGAGGAGCUCAAACAGGAGAUGGAGAACAAAACGCGAGCGCUGGAGGAGGCGCAGAAACAGCUAGACGAGAUCAGAGCUAACAGACACAGAGUGGAGCAGGACGUGGUGGCUGCUCAGAGGAAGCUCCGGCAGGCGAGCACUAAUGUCAAACACUGGAACGUUCAGAUGAACAGACUGAUGCACCCUAUUGGACCCGGAGACAAGCGGUCGGUGGGAAGCUACUCCAGUUUCCGCAUCCCGCCGCAGAAGGAUCCGGCACUGCGGCUCAGAAGGACGAGCAGCGAACAGGAUGAGGAGAGCAAAGAGAACACGGCGGAGAACCUACUCUCAAAGGCCUCCAAUGGAACCAUGGACACACACUGAGGGGCGUGGCCAACCAAAUCCACACCUCGGUUGCGGUCUUCACUGGCAGGGUGCUUGACUAGUGUGACAAACGAUCACAGAUAUCCAUACGAGAGAGAGAGAGAGAGAGAGAGAGAGAGAGAGAGAGUGCACUACUGAAGCCACCACUUCAGCAGCGUAAACCUCCUGAAACCCCAUGGACUUGCAGUGAUUUACCUCAAUACUUAACCCUUUCUUUAAGAUGCAUGACAGGAUCGAAGCAAAGCAUACGGCUACUAAUGCAGCUAAUCCAGAAUAGAACACCGCUCCCGUGUUUACACACUUGUUGUGGAAAAUAUUAACUGUGCACACAAGUUUUCAUCCUGAAUUUUGCUUGUAGAUGUAUACAUGAUGUACAUGAUGUACACAGAUGUAUGAUGAUUACACUGAGCUUUUCUCAGAGGAACUGAGAACUAAAGGCCUCGGCAUACUUCAUGCAGACGUGACAUUCGGCUAGUGCGGACGACGUGACAGUACUGUCGAGCAAAAAAAAAAAAGUGGGCCUUCUUGUCAGUGUAUCACUAGCGUGCUAAACUCGCCGUCCUCAUGCCUCAUCCCCCAGUUUAUUUAAUGGUCUCUUUAUGUAAAUAUAGAGCGAAAUAGUUUACAGCAGUUCUUCCUCUUCACGUGUUUAUGUACUCCUGUCAGCAAGCAAUCAUCUUCCUGUAGUCGUGGAAAUGGUCAUGAAAUUUCAACAGCGCCACCUGCAGUACUGGAGCACCCAUAGCUGAUGGCAAAUUCAGUAAAUAAGCUGAAGAGGGUGGUUUCGUCGUCAUAUAAACCGCGCAGACGUUAUUAAGUAUGCCGAGGCCUUGAGUGUGCUUGUAAACUUAGCUAACGUUCAUUCUGUGUUCCACAUUAUAUUUUUUAUUGCUUCAUCUGCAUGUAAAGGCUAAGUGUACAAUAAAUCAUCAUGACACACAA